UUUCACUACGAGACCUUGAAGAAGUCGGAUAUUUCUCUGCACGUCCGCCACCAUCGGGAUGUUGACACUGGACACGUAACGGCCAGAACUUACGUCACGUUCUUCACACUAGGAAUGAACUUCAGUAUGGUUUUAAAGGCAGGCUCUCCUGUAGUGUCCCCUGGACUUCGAGCCUAUACUGUAGACAGGAACGGCAAGUAUGAGCCCCUUCAUGUAGACUCAAACGAUUUCCUCACAGGACAUUUACAAGAGAAUGAAUCUAUGCACGUGUAUGCUCAUUAUGAGGAGGACGUUCUCUGCACAACAGUUUAUUUCCCAAAUGAAAUUUACUUUACUGAGCCGUCGUGGAGACACCUCCCUUCAUCAAGUGGGUGGGAUCUGAUUAGCUACAGGCUUUCUGAUGUCAACUGGAAUCAUACGGGUCCUUUUUCCGAUCCACUAACAUUAUUCCAACGACCGUUUUCAGACGAGUCAGUUUCAAGCGACGAGCAGCAUCAGAGAUUCAGCAGAAUCAGACAAAAACGACAGAAUAAUGGCUUCAAGAAAAGGUGUUCCUUACGACUGGUUGCCGACUAUUCGUUUUAUAGCCAGUAUGCCAGGUCUAGUGCUUCUGAAGCUAUAAAGAUAAUGGUGAGCUCUAUUGAAGAGGUGAACCGAAUAUACACCCAUACAGAGUGGAAAAUAGCGGAAAGCCUUGGCUGGGGCUUUGUGAUCAAACAGGUUCUGGUUCACACGGAAUACUCAACCGGGCCAAGCAGAGGACCAUUCAGCUAUAAUUAUGAAGUGGAUCAUUGGAAUACAUCAGAUAAACUUUAUGCUUUCAGUCGUCACAGGGACAUCAUCCAGUUCUGCUUAGCGCACUUGUUUACACACACUCUUUUCAAGGACAGUCGUGGGAUGGUUGGCUUAGCAUACCUAGGCAAUCGGUUUGGGGCUGGAGGAAUAUGUGCAAUACCAAUGAAUGACAUGUAUACUAGAACGGGCUGGACGACUUCUGUGUACGGUGACAAUUAUACUAUUGUUGGGAUACUUCAUAAGUUGAUCACAGCUCACGGUAAUGCUAACUGUCGGUAGAUAAUACUUCUAGUGAAAGACAAUAAUGUGGGUGUCAGUGUCAGUAGACGAACUAAAUUACUUAAGGAAAAUAAUGACAUCGACAAUCUCACUC